GCUUCAUGGUGCCGAGCGCGCACGGCGCUGGUGUUGAUCCCCUCCUCCGGGCUGAAUGGAUCCCCGACGGCAACGAAGGCGGCAUUACAAGGUGGAAGGACGCACCGCCGGACACCUUGAUUCCAUGCACCGCGAAGCAGAUAAAAGACAUGGGCACAGGGGUCAUUGACGCGUCGAACUAUCUCACUGCAACGGGCGUGGAGGUGACUACGGUCAGACUGCUAGGAAGAAUGGUAAAUAAGCAAGUGUCUGAUAACUCCGUCUUCUUCACCCUGGCCGAUGGGACGGGUCACGUCAAGGCGCGCGUCUGGUUCGACGGCAUAGAUGUCAUGUGUUCAGCGAGCAUCAGGUAA